AAUCAUGAAGGUCAAAAAUUCUCGCGAAUACCUGUGUACUCGAAAUUUUCCAAUAUUUUAAACUGUUUACAAAAGAUGAUACCUACUUUGUUGAAAAAAAAUGAUAAAAUUUUACAGAAAAAUACCCUGCUUGAAUUUUUUUUCACGUUUUGUGUAAUUUUUAUGUAAUUUUAUCAGCGGAUAAGGAUACCCGACGAGUACCUAUUUACUAUCUUAAGUACAUACUGAUUAAGUACCAAUGCCACGAAUUUAAGGUGACCAGCGAAUAUAAGCAGGCAUCGUUAAAACCUGGAAUACCCACCAUUGUCUGUUGGACUUUUUGCCAAAUUUUCAAUACAGCCCAGCACGAUUUUAUCUUCGUGUAUUAUGCGUUUAUUGUUUAGUUACCUAGUACAUCGAGUUAAAUGAGUGGAUUAAAAUUACUCGUAGUGAGAAAUUUUCUGCGAAGGAAGACAAAGACGUGUGCGUUGUGUUUUACUGUGUUUGUGAUUUUAAUCGUGUAUUUUUUAUUUUUCAAACUAGAAACGCCUUUUUUGAUUGGUCGAAAAUCGCAAGAACACGUGUUAUGCGUACUGGUACCGUUUCGAAACACUUUCGAAGAAUUACUCGAAUUUAUACCUCAUAUGAAUGAUUUUUUGAACCGUCAAAAAAUCAAGUUUUAUUUCAUCGUUGUCAAUCAUAGGUUCAGCAUUCAAGCAUUCAACGCUGGAUUCGAGAUUAUUACAAAACAAUAUCCUGAAUGUGAUUACGUAGCCCUUCAUGAUAUCGAUUUAUUGCCUCUGAACGAUGAAAUCCCUUACACGUACCCAGGAGACGAUUUGUACAACGUGGCGAAUCCUGAGUAUCAUCCUCGAGGAGACAAAUAUGAUCCUGCACGAUACGUUGGUGGAAUCUCAUUGAUAUCGAACAAACAAUAUAUUCGCGCCGGAGGUUUCGGUAACCAUUUCUGGGGAUGGGGAGGAGAAGAUAGAAAUUUUUUCUAUCGCAUAAGCAACAAUUCGAUCAACAGAGUUCGUCCCACCAAUCUUACAACCGACAAAUACAAUACAUUCAGGGAUAUUCACUCGCCAUAUCGAUUCAGAGAUUUUAUAAAAUGCGGAAAUCAAAAAGGAGCAGAUUUGGUUGAUUAUGAUUUAUACGAAUCAGGAUUUCAUAAUGUAAACUACGGGCUGCUGUAUGCGGAGUCCCUCACUAUUCUAGGAAUUCCAUUCACAUUAUUCGGUAUUACUGUACCAUGCAAUUUUACAGAAACACCAUGGUGUAAACCUUUCUGUAGGAAUACCUAAUGCAAGGAUCAAAAGCUCAAUUAGAGCUUAUACUAAGAUGAGAAAAUUACUUAACGCUCGUGGUGUUUCUUCAAUAUACGUACAACCUAUACAAAAUUAAUACAAAUAAUUAUAAUAAAGCUGUAGGUAAUUUC